UCGAACAGAGAUAUACGAGCUGGAAAACCAAGGAAAUAGAAAGUGCUUAAAGUGAAAUAAAAAAACAGAAAGGACAAGUUCUUAAAAGGACCACUCAAAAGGAUUAUAAUUUAUUGUGAUACAUUUGUUUUGUGAAAAAAAUAAAAAACAAGUUAAUGAAAUACAGAAAUAAUCGUGGCACAAUAUUGCAAAUUCAAUUCAGAACAUUUCUAAGUUUCGGAUUUCCAUGCUUAAUUUUAUUUGAGAGUUAAACAAAUACGACAGCCGAAGGAUUUUGAACUUAACGAAUCGGAAAAUAAUUAAUCAAGUUUGCACACACAUCGCCGGGUGGAAAGUCGGCUGGGGAAAGUCUUCUCCCGGAAAAUCUUCUUCAUCCUUUCAUCCUUCAUCCUUUUUGUAUACGGAUCCAGGAUGUUCGCCACUCAGGAUACCAUUUUGAAGUUGCUGACUUUGUGCGCCCUGGCACAUUCUAUAACCGCCUUGGCUCUGCAGGAAAAGUCCCAGGCACCGGGAUCUGCUCCUUUGGAUCCCAGUCACAAGUAUUUGAUAGUGCGCGGGGAAUCCCCGAGUGGAUCCUCGGGAUCGCAGGAGCAUGUGGAGUUCGACAAUGCCGCCACCUUGCUACUGAGAGCCUUUAAAAGCCAACAGAUUCCCGCUCCAAAGGAUUCGGAGGAGUGCAGUGCUCCCAGUCACAAGGCCACCUUUUCGGGCUACGACUAUGUGAUCCUUCUGGGCAUGCUGGUCAUCUCGUUGGGCAUCGGCAUCUUCUAUGGCUUCUUCCAGAAGGGCGGCAGCUCUUCCAACGAGUUCCUGCUGGGCUCCGAGAUGAACAUCUUCCCGGUGACCCUCAGUCUGACGACCAGUUUCAUUACGGCCAUUGAACUGCUGGGCAAUCCCUCCGAGAUGUACUUCCAAGGCACUCAGUUCGUGCUCAUCGUAAUCCCCAUGGUGAUGGUCAUCCCGGUGGCCGUGAAGAUCUUCUAUCCCAUAUACUUCAAAAUGGAGCUCACCAGUUGCUAUGAGUAUCUGGGUAUUCGGUUUGGCAAGGAAAUCAGGAUACUAGGUGCAGUACUCUACGUUAUUCAGAUGUGCUUCUAUACGGCCGUGGCUGUGUUGGCUCCGGCGAUUGCACUUUCCAAGGCUACGGGCUUGGACACCAAGAUCGCCGUGGUCCUGAUCUAUGUGGUCUGUGUUUUUUACUCAUCUCAGGGCGGCAUGAAGGCCGUGGUCAUUGCGGAUUCAUUCCAGGCUGCUGUUCUGGCUGUAUCCUUGGUGCUGAUCGUGGGUUUGGGCAGCUUCUAUAGCGGCAAUCCCAUCCAGGUGUUUCAGACUGCUGCCGAACACAAUCGCUUGGAGUUUUUCAAUAUGGAUCCCAGUCCCACGACGCGUCACACCGUUUGGUCGGUGGUUAUUGGUGGCUUCUUCUACUGGACAUCCUUGUUUUGCACCAAUCAGGCAUCCGUUCAGAAGUGCAUGUCCUUGAAGUCCUUGAGGCUAGCAAAGAUUGCUCUGGGCUUUGCCAUCAUUGGUUUGAUUGCAGUCUUCCUGCUGAAUUUCUACACGGGUCUGAUGGUCUUCACCCACUAUGCGGAUUGCGAUCCUUUGACAGCGGGACGAAUUUCAGCCACUGAUCAGUUGUUGCCCUACUAUGUGAUUAAUACCUAUGAGCACAUCUACUCCGUGGCAGGAAUCUUUGUGGCGGGCAUCUUUGCAGCCAGUUUGGGAACUGUGGCCUCUGCCUUGAACUCCCUAUCCGCUGUGACCUGCGAGGACCUCUUGGUCAAUGGCAUGAACAUCAAAAUCUCCCCCGAAAAGGGAGCCACCUAUGCCAAGUGGAUGUCCUUGGGCUUUGGAAUCGCCUCCUUUGGCUUGGUUUUCAUCGUGGAGCAUUUGGGAGGAGUCCUGCAGGCCACUUUGACCUUAAACGGAUUGAUUGGUGGAGUAACCUUGGGUCUUUUUGUCCUGGGAAUCGCCUGCAAACAGGCUAAUACCAAGGGUGCUUUCUACGGAGGCUUAUUGUCCCUAGCCCUCGUAAUUUUUGUGGGCGUGGUGGCUCAGAUUGCCAGUGUGGAACAGCCUGCCUUGCCCACAUCCCUCGACCACUGCGAUUGCCUUGUGAACUUGACGAGCAUCACUCAAAAUAUACUCUUAGAACCUAUGAAAAUCAUUGAGAAGGGCGGAUUCACAUCGUGGCCCAUUUUCCGGCUGAGCUAUAUGUGGUUCAGCAUGAUCGGCUGCCUGCUCACCGUUUUCCUGGGUUGGCUGAUUUCCCUUAUAAUUGACUUUGUCCAGCGACGAAAUGUGCUGAAGAUCACCGGCAAGGGCAUCGACAAUCCCGCCGUUUCCGAGGAGAUCUUCAAGAGCGACUCCCAGGUGCAGUACACCACCACAAGCAGUGGGACGACCACCACGGCGGUGGACACCGAUCCCCGAGAGACUUCGAGUGCCGAGGGCCAUGUGAACCAUGCCAUUCGCAUCGACGACGAAUAGAAAUCGAAUUGAGAACUCGAAUCCGGCCGGGGAUCAUGUCGAAUCCCACCGGUGUAUUCCUUGUGUAACCUGUAACCUCCAUGUACAAAGACCAGUCGCAAUCUGUUAACUGUCCUAGUUUAGUCGAAAGAGUGAUUUCUAGUUCGUAAGUCCAAGCCGAGGUUGUUGGCUCAGUAUUCUGUAUACACACACACUUACUAAUGUUACUACGAAUGAAUUUUAUUUUUAGUUUGUUUUAAGGCAUCUUACAAAUAAAACCUAUAUAUUCCUGAUCAGCAUUUGUUGCUGAAAUGUCAA